GACAUCAUCAAUGUCUCUUCACAGGAUAUCCUCAAGCAUCUGAGCGUCGUGCCCCAAGACCCUUGCUUUCUGCCCGGAACCAUCCGGCUCAACAUCGAUCCUGAUGAGACACUGUCGGAGUCCGCCCUGGAAGGCGUCCUCGAAGCCACCCAUUUGUCUGCUAUUGUUCAGAAGAUGGGCGGACUGGACGCUGAUAUAAAGCCGGAAUUAUGGUCGGCCGGGCAAGGGCAGUUGCUGGCACUUGCGCGCAGUAUGGCGAGGAAGAGCGUGGUUCUAAUCCUUGAUGAAGCCAUGAGUCGAGUCGAUCAUUCUACCCAAUCGCUCAUGGAAGGCAUCGUUGCUAGUCAUUUCAACCAUUGUACCGUUCUUUCAAUCGUGCACCGAUACGAGAACAUAUUCGCCUACGAUAAGGUUGCGCUCUUCGAAGAUGGGGCACUUAAGGAAUUUGACAGGCCUGAAUCAUUGCUAUCGAAAGAGACCAGAUUCCGGGCUCUGUACACUUCGAGCCACAAUUGA